AUGUCCAAACGUGAAAAUAAGCUAGAUCAACUUUCGGCUCUUUUUGAAAGUGCAAGCAAAGUUAAAUUACUCGAUUCUUUGCAACGCGCAAAGGGCAACAUGGAGCAAGCGGCUAACAUUUACUUGGAGGAAACGGAAAAAUGCUUAGAGAAGAAAGUACCGCUAAGACAAACAAAAUUAGAACUUUUCUUUCAUGACACGUCCAAUAGCGAGACUUUAAAAUCAAUUCAAGGCGAUUGUCACGCCGGUAGCAAAGAACAAAGUUUAACCGAGGCCAGCAGGGAGGGGCAAAUUCCCCUUAAAAUAACUAGUUUAAAUGAGAUUCUAAAGUGGCCUCCUUUAUCGGCAAGUAAAACAAAAGCAAAGCCUAAAAGAAACGUUAGACCAGUAUUACGGCUGUAUCAUGCUCACGAUGUUGCGGAAAGAACCCAAUGCACGCUUAUUCACGACGUGUUGCCAAAAGAUUUAGCAAAUUCACUUCUAAAGGUAAUGCUUGAAGAAUCAGAAACAUGGCAGCGUAAUCAAUGGUGGUUAUUUGAGAGAAUGGUCACUUCUUCACAUACAGCAUCAUUUUACACCUCAACGGAAGAAAAUAAAACUUAUGAUGGAGAAGUGUAUUAUAAUGGAAAGAAAACGGAGAGUGCGCGAGCAUUUUUACCGGAAAUGGAAAUCGCAAGAAGGGCUAUCAGAGACAUUGUAAACGAGAAGCGUAAGGGCCGAGAUAGACAUGAGUUCGAAAUACAAGAAUAUUGGAAUCCUAACGUCGCUGUCGCGAAUUGUUAUUCAAAUUCGAGAGAAGGCGUCGGCUGGCAUAGUGACGAACUAACAUACCUCGGACCACGUCCCAUCAUAGGGUCCCUUUCACUUGGUGCUACAAGACAAUUCCGUCUUCGUCAAAUCCAAGAAUCCGAUGAGAAAUCUUCCAGAAUCAUAUCAAUCACCCUUCCCCAUAAUUCACUUUUGAUUAUGUGGCCACCCACUCAAGAACUUUGGAAACAUGAAGUAUGCCCUCAAAAUGUGCUCGAUCAUCUGCAUCCAAUUGCCGGUUCAAAAAGGAUAAACAUUACUUUCCGAGAAUUCCGAGAAGAAUACACCGAUGAGUGGACACCCAAAUGUUCAUGUGGAAUUCCUUGUGUUUUAAAACCGGUAAUGCGAUCAGGCCCAAACAACGGUCGAUAUUUCUACAUGUGUUAUGCAGGAAGAGCUAGGGAGGGUCAAAAUUGCGGAUUUUUUGAAUGGUUGGAUGUCUCUAAAAGACAGAAUGAUUAUGAGAGGAAAAGGUUGAACCUCCUUCAAAAACAAAAGAACAAAUCCAUUUGA